UCAGCCAGAUGUAAGACCGCCCCAAAACCUCUGACAUUUCACAGUCUGUGAAAUUAAUAAUCAUUCACGGCAGUUCCAAACUCCUUUUCAGUCCAGGAUUGUUUUGCUGUCCAGCUCUGGGUCAGCUGAAGAAUGGACUAUCUGAGGAAAGCGAGUGUGUUGCUCGUGUUGUUCAUGAACAGCAACUGGCUUUGCUCGGUUUCAGCAAUAAAGGUAUCAGGAGGUGAGGUCAUCAACCUUGGCCAUAAAUCAACAGCCUGGCAGCCUUUAAUGCACAUCAGUGCAAAUCUCUCCACCAUUUCCAGCAUCACCUCCCACUUUGAGUUUCGCACCCUCGAUCCGGAGGGCAUCAUCUUCUACGGAGACACCAAAGAGGGCCAGGACUGGUUUGUGCUUUCUCUGCAUGAUGGCAUUCCUGAAGUGCAGAUCGGGAAAGCAAAUAUCCUGGUCAGUGUGAAAGGAGGACCCAAACUGAAUGAUGGAGCAUGGCACAAGUUGGAGUUGCGCAGCGAGGGAAAGUACGUGAUUGUGGAGAUCAACAAUAAGGUGGAGCUGGUGGUGGGAAUGGAGUCGGAUCAGACAGAGGACGUGCUGACGGGGAAGAUACGCCUGGCGCUCGGAGGGAUGCUGGUGGAUCAGAAGAGGCUUCUGCAUCCUUUUAAUCCUGAGAUGGAUGCGUGCAUACGGGCGGGAAACUGGCUGAACCUGAGCACACACUGGGAUGCAGAGCCGAGCUGGAAUCCGUCGCCCUGCUUUCCGGAGAUCAAGAAAGGCAGCUACUUUCCUGGAAGUGGAUUAGCUCUGUUUAAUACAUCUGACCUUCCUGGAGUGGAGACAGAAGAGAGAGGGGUCACGAUUGAGGUGUUUGGAUCUUGGCAUGGGACAUUGCUGAGUCUUCAGACCCUCGAUUUCCAGUACAUUCUGCCCGGGGUUAAGGGAAAGGAGAGCAGGGCUCUCAUUGUGGAGCUGAAGGAAGAACCCGAUUCGAGCAACACUGCUGACUCCACCAAGCUGACUCUGACGUUACUGAAACAUUCCCUGUUGUUAAAUGGUGAGACAGAGCUGGAGAACGAAAGCAUUGACUUCCUCUCGAGGUGGACAGAGGGGAUGAGCUUAGCUUUCGGAGGAGUGCCAGGUGAGGCUGAGGACUCGACAAACACACACCACCUCCAGGGCUGUUUGGAAAAGAUUCUCAUUCAGGGACAAGACAUCGAUCUCGACCGGGCUUUCUUCAAGCACACGUCUAUCUCAUCACACAGCUGUCCCACAAAAGCAGUGAAUGAACUCACAGAGAGUUAGUAUAUAGCUGUUAGGUUUUUUUUUUUAAUCACAGAAAGGGGUGUGGUCACAAUUCCACCAACCAGCUUCCACCAAACAAACAAGCUCAUUUAAAUCCUCCUUACAGUUUGACCAAAUCCUUUCAGUAUUACAUAAUUACAGUAGAUGGCGCCACCCGAGUGUCAUGUUGUCCCACAUUUGCCACCCCUGGACCUGUGAUUUACAGCUCAGUUCACAAUUCAGUUCUUCAGAUUAUUUGUAUUAGAUACAUUUCAUCUGGCAAUGAAGAAAUUACACUUAUAACUAACAAUAACUAACAGUAAUAGUCAUGUUAUAAUAUCAUUUGAUAUAUUUAUCCUGAUAAAGGAAAACAUUCUGAGAAACUCUCGACAAGUCCCAGGAAGUUCA